CAUAACUAAGACCACCAUCAUGAACGAGGGUUAAGAAAAAAAAAGACAAACACAAGGUCACCUGUGCGUUCCUGGAAUGGUACAUCAGCAGAGGGUUCUCUUCUGUUCUGGUUAGGUUAUGCUCUAUGCAAAACAGUGCCAUGGAAGCCUCCAAACUCAGUAGCAGUGAUCAAAACGUUCGAUGCCAUCACUGCGCAGGACCCCUUUCCAAAGACAUGGAAACCAGUCACUGGACCGUUUCGCCUCUAAUUAGGGAUAGCUUCUCCAUGAUUGGUUCUGCCGUUGGCGGCGUUGCAAGUGCAUUUUAUGGAUUCAAUCUUGUUAUGCCGAUUGUCCAAAGAAGGAUCAAAGGACCCAUGUGGUUGCAUUUUCUCAUAGGUGCACCACCUGUGAUAGUAUUCUCUUCAGCCUGUGCCGGACUGGCGGGUGGGGCUGUUCCUGCUGCAGCACAACUUGUUUCCUCAUCUUAUCAUGCAGCUUACUCUUCUCCUACCUCACCUCCGCCAUCAAAGGAUGAAAAUAUUCAAAGGUCGAGAAAAUGAUAUAAUGGACUUCUGAGUCUGACCAUUCAUUCAUGAUGGGUGUGCUGAGAGUUUUGUUUUUCUUGUGUAAAUACUACUCUGAGAUUGGUAUGUUUGGAACUUGGAUGAGAGGAAAGAUAAUAGUAAGGAGAAAAAACACAUAUGAUGCAUUUUAUUUUGUUUGAUUAAAGUGAAAGUGAAAGAUAGAUAGAGAAAAAAAGUUUAUUGUACUUUUGUUUUGCAUACACUGCGUUCUUGUUUAUUGGAUGCAAUAAAAUAACAAAUCGUUGGCAGUUUGGUUAUUUUUGAAA